AUGUUUCAGGAAGCUGACAACAUACUACAGAUAUACCGUGAUGAGGGACUUCCCGUUCCAGAAUAUCGAACACAUGAUAACAGUUAUUCAUAUGGAGGUAAUUAUGGAAGCAUUACUUAUUUGGGGGAGUACUCAGGGGGGCAUACAUCAGAUGAAGCUCUAGCUAGACACUUGCAGGAGAUGGAGGAUAGUUUCCACAACUUUUCCUUUGAUGAACCUUUUAGAACAGCGGCCGGAGGAGUCAGUCAAGGAGGACCUUCAUUUUCGGGUGACAAUAAUGGAGUUCAAGAUGAUUUUAAUCCUGAUGAAAUGACUUAUGAGCAAAUUUCCGAAUUAGAACAAUCCAUUGGAACUGUAAAAAAAGGACUAUCAGAAGAGCAGAUGUCCCGGUUACCAACCCACAAAUACAAAGGACCAUCCAAGAAAAAAGGCAAAUCUGCUGAUGAUGACUCAGAGUAA